AUGUAUUUCGGAGCGAUGACGCUUGUUAACAUACUGAACAUCUUGACAUUCUACGUUGCUGUUAGAGGCAGUCUCUCCUCGUUGACUAGCUGCUUGUCCGUUACUCUGAUCUCCCGUCUGAUGCUUAAUCUACACAAAUCUAUCGAUACUGGCAUUUGCUCCAUCCCUGCCCAGGACGAGGGUCCCAGCCUCGCUGUUUUUACCACCAGGAUCAACGUACAGUCCGCGAUUUCCUCUCACCAUUGAUAGGCUGGCAUUGGACUCUGUUUCUGGAUGCGAAGGUACGGAGAUACUUGAUGGGAGUGAAAAGUUGUUCUUGUAGUCAUUUUCUUGAAUGCAGGGGCGGACAACGCUGCACCCGCGCUGGCAGCUACGCGUCCUUAGAUGCAAUCUCAUCUUUGGGUGUAGACAGUAUGUUCAUUAUGCUAAUUAUUUUCCAAUAAUCAUUUGUGUUCG